GCAGGGCAAGGAUGAGCCUGUUUGGAUCAACGUCAGGGUUUGGUACUGGAGGUACUGGCAUGUUUGGCAGUACAACUGCAGAUAACCAUAAUCCAAUGAAGGAUAUUGAAGUAACAUCUCCACCUGAUGACAGCAUAUCUUGUUUAGCAUUUAGUCCGCCAACAUUGCCGGGUAAUUUCCUCAUUGCAGGUUCAUGGGCAAAUGAUGUUCGCUGCUGGGAAGUUCAGGAUAAUGGACAGACAAUUCCAAAGGCUCAGCAGAUGCACACAGGGCCUGUACUAGAUGGCUGCUGGAGUGAUGAUGGGAGUAAAGUAUUUACUGCAUCCUGUGAUAAAACUGCUAAAAUGUGGGAUCUCAACAGUAAUCAAGCUAUUCAGAUUGCACAACAUGAUGCUCCUGUGAAGACUAUCCAUUGGAUUAAAGCACCAAAUUAUAGCUGUGUGAUGACAGGAAGCUGGGAUAAGACUUUGAAGUUCUGGGAUACCCGUUCACCAACACCUAUGAUGACGUUGCAGCUCCCUGAAAGAUGCUAUUGUGCAGAUGUGGUUCAUCCUAUGGCUGCUGUGGCCACUGCAGAAAGGGGUUUGAUAGUGUACCAGUUAGAGAAUCAACCUUCUGAAUUUCGAAGAAUAGAAUCUCCUCUUAAACACCAGCAUCGCUGUGUUGCUAUUUUUAAAGACAAAGUGAACAAACCUACUGGAUUUGCCCUUGGAAGUAUUGAAGGAAGAGUAGCUAUUCAUUAUAUCAACCCCCCAAAUCCUGCAAAAGAUAAUUUUACUUUUAAAUGUCAUCGCUCCAAUGGAACAAACACAUCAGCACCUCAGGAUAUCUAUGCUGUAAAUGGGAUAGCGUUUCACCCUGUCCAUGGUACUCUUGCCACAGUAGGAUCCGAUGGUAGAUUCAGCUUUUGGGAUAAAGAUGCACGAACGAAGCUAAAAACCUCAGAACAACUUGACCAGCCGAUAUCUGCUUGUUGUUUCAACCACAACGGCAAUAUAUUUGCGUACGCGUCCAGUUACGAUUGGUCGAAGGGUCAUGAAUUUUAUAAUCCACAAAAGAAAAACUACAUUUUUCUGCGAAAUGCAGCAGAAGAGCUAAAGCCUAGGAAUAAGAAGUAGUAUGUAUGUGGCCAACAGCAGUGACAGAAACUCAAGACAGAAGAUGGGCACAGUGCAAAUUCUGCUUCAGUUUUUUUCUCAUGCUCCACCAAUGGACACAGCUCUUGAGCCAAUGAUACCCGUGCUUACCCUAGUGCAAAGGAGAAACUGUCAGUUGUGCCAAGUGAUACGUGGUUCAGUAAUACGAGCAAACCAUUAGAGGGUUUGUUUUGUUCAUGACCAAACUAAUGUAUGAAAAAUACUUCUGGCCUAAAUUGCUUUAAAACUGACACCUUUUGGAGUUAAAAGGUGGUUCUUUUGUAUCUCUCUUAACAGGUUUUUGUCCCUUGACAGGGGUCUCUGGACUGAAAAGAAGUACUUGUUUUUGUAUUAACUAGAAAAUAGUGCUGGUGAGUUUCAUCCUGAUCAAAAAUGCUGUGAAACAAAACAAAUGUGUCUCUUUCUGACUUGAAUCUACCACUGUUUACUUUUAACCAGCCAGUUGUACACAUGCCAAAGUUUUCUUCAUAGAAGUGAAUGCUUAUUAUUCCUGUUUAACUAUUGUUUG